CACCAGACAUAGAGGAGAAAAAAAGCAAAGUGAUCCAUUGAACUCUUAAUUACGUAGAGUCUCAUAUCUUUUCCUUUUUUUCACCUUUUCCCUACUCUUAUGGGGGCUUGUGGUAAUUAGUUUGAAGAGAAUAAAACCAGCUGAUCGGGAGAGGGGUGGUGCAUUUUCCAGCGAGAUGGCUAACAGAAACAUUCUGUUGCUCUUCUGUGGACUCUUCCUCUUAGCACUGAUUCAUCCCUCUCUUCAAAGAGGUGUGUAUGUACCACCUGGUACUGGGAUUGGACCAGGAGGCGCCGGACAUGGAACUGGAUUCUUUCCAGGGUCUGCUGGAGGAGUCCCUGCGGGCUAUAAACCAGCAAAAGCUGCAGUCGGAGGUUAUGGAGGUGGGGGCCGUGGAGUAGGACCAGGGGGUCUGGUGCCAGGAGGCGUCGGGCACGGUGGCCUGGGCGUUGGAGGACUGGGAGCAGGACAAGGUGGAAAGCCCCCUAAACCAGGUUACGGCAAUCUAGGAGGCGGUGGAGGUUAUGGAGGAGGUGGUUAUGGUGGAUAUGGUGGAGGAACUGGAGGCUUUUUCCCAGGAGCUGGACAGAAGGCUGCUAAAAGAGGCGCAGGAACUGGAUCCACAGUACCUGUUGGAGGACCUGUUAUUCCUCAGAUGGGCCUUCCAGGAGGGGGUCUUGGUGGUGGUCUCGGAAAGAAAGCUUCCAAAGUGCCAGGUGUCGGAGUGCCGGGACUUUACCAAGGUGGACUGGUACCUGGACAUGGGUUUGGCGGACGUGGAGUUCUGCCUGGUGUGGCGACAGGAACUGGCCUGAAUCCAAAGUCUAUUGGAGGGGCAGGACAAGCAGGUCAAGGACCAGGAGGUCGUGGGUACGGUGGCCCGAUGCAGCCGGGAGUGUUCCACGGAUACCCCCUAAAAUCACCCAAAGUGCAAGGUGGCUACGGAACAAAAUCCGGUGGCAAACAACCUUUAGGUUAUGGCUUUGGUAAUGGCGGCGCUGGAGGACAGGGUGGUCCUGUGUUGAGGCCUGGAUAUCCUGUUGGAACUGGAGUUGGGCCCGGUGGCAUCUCACUUGCUCAGGCUAAAGCUGCCAAAUAUGGUGUUGGCAAUGUUGGCAAUGUUGGCGGUGCUGGUGGUCUGUAUCCAGGGCAGGUGCCAGGAGGUGGUGGCGGUGCUGGUGUUCAGUAUCCAGGGCCUGUGCCAGGAGGUGUUGGCGGUGCUGGUGGUCUGUAUCCAUGGCAGGUGCCAGGAGCUGCAGUGGGGACCGGUGGCAUCUCACCUGCUCAGGCUAAAGCUGCCAAAUAUGGUGUUGGCAAUGUUGGCGGUGCUGGUGGUCUGUAUCCAGGGCAGGUGCCAGGAGGUGUUGGCGGUGCUGGUGCUGCUGGUGUUCAGUAUCCAUGGCAGGUGCCAGGAGGAGUUGGGACCGGUGGCAUCUCACCUGCUCAGGCUAAAGCUGCCAAAUAUGGUGUUGGCGCUGUUGGGGGUGCUGGUGGUCUGUAUCCAGGGCAGGUGCCAGGAGGUGUUGGCGGUGCUGGUGCUGCUGGUGUUCAGUAUCCAUGGCAGGUGCCAGGAGGAGUUGGGACCGGUGGCAUCUCACCUGCUCAGGCUAAAGCCGCCAAAUAUGGUGUUGGCAAUGUUGGCGGUGCUGGGGGUGCUGGUAUUCCAUAUACAGGGCAGGUGCCAGGAGGAGUUGGGACCGGUGGCAUCUCACCUGCUCAGGCUAAAGCCGCCAAAUAUGGUGUUGGCAAUGUUGGCGGUGUUGGCGGUGUUGGCGGUGUUGGCGGUGUUGGCAAUGUUGGCGGUGUUGGCGGUGUUGGCGGUGCUGGUGUUCAGUAUCCAUGGCAGGUGCCAGGAGGAGUUGGGACCGGUGGCAUCUCACCUGCUCAGGCUAAAGCUGCCAAAUAUGGUGUUGGCAAUGUUGGCGGUGCUGGGGGUGCUGGUAUUCCAUAUACAGGGCAGGUGCCAGGAGGAGUUGGGACCGGUGGCAUCUCACCUGCUCAGGCUAAAGCUGCCAAAUAUGGUGUGGGUGCAGUUGGUGGUGUUGCUGGCACUGGUGGACUGUAUCCAGGGCAACGGCCAGGAGGCACUGGUGGACUGUAUCCAGGGCAACUGCCAGGAGGCACUGGUGGACUGUAUCCAGGUCCAGGAGGCACUGGUGGACUGUAUCCAGGUCCAGGAGGCACUGGUGGACUGUAUCCAGGGCAACUGCCAGGAGGCACUGGUGGACUGUAUCCAGGGCCAGGAGGCACUGGUGGACUGUAUCCCGGGCAACUGCCAGGAGGCACUGGUGGACUGUAUCCAGGGCAACUGCCAGGAGGUUCUGGAGGCAUCUCACCGGCUCAGGCUAAAGCUGCUAAAUAUGGAAUAGGAGUUGCGGGAGGCGCUGGAGCAGGGUUUGUUCCAGGAUGGGGAGGAGCAGGAGCAGUUCCUGGUGCUGUCCCAGGACUGGGAGCUGGACAAUACUUAGCUGCCACAAAAGCUGCUAAAUACGGAGUUCAAGGAGGAGCUGGAGUGGGGCUCGUACCAGGAGCAGGAGGAGUACCAGCAGGUACCGGCUACUUACAAGGUGGACAAUACUCUGCUGCCGCAAAAGCUGCUAAAUACGGUGUUGGAGGAACAGCUGGAGCAGGCUUAGAAACAGGAGGACAGGGAGGGGCCGGAGGAGGAGGCGUCACUGGGGUUGGCGUUGGACGGGGAACAGCUACUCCAGCUCCAGAGGUCGGCGUUCGCACAAAUGGUUCUGCUGUUGGGGUGCCAGCAACGGAUGCAAGUGCUGCUGGAACUGUUCAACCAGAGCCCACGCCUACUGUCGCAGAGGUCCUGCAGCCCAGCGUUUCUGGUGGUAUUCUUCAGCCCAGUGCUGGCACAAGUGUUGGUGGAGCAGGUGUUGCAGCACCCUCUGGUGUUGGUCCAACUGGCCAAGGCCAGCCUGGUGUCGGUGUUGGCACAAGUGGCAAAGCACCUAAACCGUACCUACCGGUUGCAGGUGUUGGUCAAGCCGGAGGUGGAUAUCCUUAUUGGGGAAACUAUGGAGUUCCUCAUGGUGCUGGUACCGGAGCAGCCACUCUGCCUGGAGCAAGGCCUUUGAAUCCUCCAGCUGUUGGCGGAGCAGGAGGAGCAGGGAUCCCACUGGCAGCAGGAGGCUAUCAAGGGGGAUACAGGCCAUAUCAACAUGGUUAUGGCCAGGGUGGGCUGCAGUAUCCCGCUGCAGGUGGACUGGGAGGUGCUGGAGGUGGAGCUAAACCACCCAAACCAGGCUACGGUCAUCUUGGAGGUGGCGGUUUUUAUCAGCCAGGUGCAGUUCCUGUGGCUCCUGUGGUCCCUGGUUAUGGAGGAGGUUACCCCCAGUACUACCAAAAUGGAUAUGUGCCGGCCCCACUGACUCCUCAACAAGCCAAAGCAGCGAAGUACGGCCCAUUGCAGGGCUUCCUUGGUGCAGGAAGAGGGGGAGUUGGAGGAGGAGGAGGAGGAGGAGGAGGAGUCUACAGAGGUGGCGUUGCGGGAUGCCAGGGCAAAUUCUGUGGGAGGAGGAAGUAGAGCUCACCAGUGUGACCUCAACAAACCACGGUGCUACUGCAUGAUCUAGAAUGUACAUUUUAUAUGCAAAGAAACCCCAUUAAGAAAACAUGUAUAGAUGUUUUUUUGUUUUGUUUUUUGUUUGUUUUUUGAUACAAAAAACCCACCGACUCAGAAUUUUGUACACGCUCUGAUGUAACGCUUGUUAUUGAUAGUGCCUUUAAUCAUUAAUGUGUCCAAGGUAACCAGCUUUAAUCCCCCGUAUUGAACCAGCCUACUUAAAAUACAAAGAGUGUGUUUGUGUCACCACGUGUUGUUCUUGUGUUUGAAUGUGUGUGUGGUUUGUAUUGUUGUGUGAAAGACUGGCUGAACCAUCGGCUGCAAUUUUGACCUAUGAAUGAUUUCGGUUUUAAUCCUGAAGCAAGGUGAACUGUCCUCAGUGUUGCAGUCACACUGUCUCACCUCGCUGCGUCGUCUCUCUGACAUGUCAGAUGAGUCGGGUUGGUUUUGCUCGUCCAAAAAAUUUAUGAAAUCUGGCCAAUCUCAGCGUCCUCUCUGGAUCCUCGUCCUCUCGGCUGCUAUUUUUAGGCCUGCGGGGUGUCGAGCAGCGGGCAUUGGGGCUCCGGCCAGCCCAUCUGCUCUGUAACUUUGCUGAUUCUAGUUGCUACGCAGUUCAGUUUUCUCAGCAUUUCUAAUGUUGCCAAACUUGUGAUGAAUGAAGAGCAGUUGGUGCUCUGAGGAGCGACAUGCCGCUGAAAAUCAAAAGAUCCAUUACAGGAUGUUUAAAAACCUUAGGAUAAAGCGGCGAGGCCUUUUAAUUCCAGGUAUAUUAAAAUGUAACGCAGAGACUGCUCUGACAUGUACAUUAUGUAUGUGUCAAUGUUUCACGCUCUAGUCUGCUUUACAUGUUUAGUCUCAUUGCAGCAGUUAUUUACAUUUAUAUAAGUUCAAGAUGUGUUUGCUUUGACUCAUAGCUUUAUUUUGUGUGUACAUAACACACAUGUAUUCACUGUUUUGAAUUGUAAUACAGAAUACGACUUUGUUUAACAGGAAAGCCAAAGUGUUUUUGUGAGGCUUAAGCUCUCAUUGUUCUUCAUUUACUUGAGCUGCUUUAAAAAAGGCUUACUGUCCAAAGGUUAAUGAACGCCGUUGCCCAGUGACUCCAUCUCUUCCUGUAAUCGUGUACUGUAUUUUGUACUAAUCUGAUAUUUGCUGGCUUGGGUUCCUUCACUCGGUGCUGUGUAAGAACUGUCUUUGAGCCUCGCUGGGUCAGACUUUGUCUUAUGUGCCUGGGGAUACUUUUCAUCUUUAUUUAAAACUGUUUUCAUAAGGAGGAACAGUGUGGUUUUGCACUUUUUAUAUUUCCACAACACACUUGUGAAUUAUUCCCAGAAUCCAGCAUUGAAUUUGCUUCCUUAAGUAACAUAAUAAAAUGUGUUAAAAUAC